UGAAGAUGAACCUAGGACAGAAGAACAAGAAGAGCAAGCUAAAGAACCAGAAGGAGAAUCAAAGCCUAGGCCCAAGCUAUUUAUGCCAAAUUUGGUGCCUCCAAAGAUCCCUGAUGGGGAGAGAGUGGACUUUGAUGACAUUCACCGCAAGAGAAUGGAGAAGGAUCUGAAUGAGCUGCAAACCCUGAUUGAGGCCCACUUUGAGAACCGGAAGAAAGAGGAGGAAGAGCUGAUAUUCCUCAAGGACAGAAUAGAGCAGCGGCGAGCAGAACGAGCUGAACAGCAACGGAUCCGCAGUGAGCGCGAGAAGGAACGUCAGGCCCGCUUCGCUGAAGAGAGAGCCCGGAAAGAGGAAGAAGAAAAUAGGAAGAGGGCUGAAGAGGAUGCCAGGAAGAAGAAGGCUUUCUCCAAUAUGCUCCAUUUUGGAGGCUACCUACAGAAGACAGAGAAGAAAAGUGGGAAAAAACAGACAGAGCGGGAGAAGAAGAAAAAGAUCCUCAGCGAGCGUCGAAAACCUUUAACCAUCGAUCACUUGAAUGAAGACAAAUUGAAGGAAAAAGCAAAGGAACUGUGGCAGAAUAUCCAUGACCUGGAAGCUGAGAAAUUUGACUUGCAGGAAAAGUUCAAGAGGCAGAAAUAUGAGAUUUCCAUACUCACUGCACGCUGCGAUGAGUUAAGCAAGUACUCAAAGGCCGCCCGUGGGAAGCCUGUGGUUGGUGGCCGGUGGAAGUGAGAGAUGGUUUGUGUCCAGCCUGCAGAGACGGCAGAGCAGGAUACUUCUGCGUGGGCCAGCCUUUGAUCCAGCAUCCCAACCCAUGUGGCCCAAAGGAAAGCACCAACUCUUCCAGAUUAUUCAGACCAAGCCACCUUCCAAUGGCUUCACUCUGUAGAAUGACUGUAGGUGUGUGUGCAGCACUGUCACGGCACGGAGCAAACACGCUGCUGUGUGGAAAAAAUGACUGUGUCACCAAAGUUAAGCAUACUGUGUCUGUAAAUAAAGCAAAUCAUGCAGCAAUA